CAUAUCUUUAUUUUUAGGUUUUACAACCGACAGAUUCCCCAAAAUCGCUCGUUAUCAGCUGGGUAAGCGCACAGGCUCUAAUCAUGCUGGCAAUGCUCUAGUCAGUUUACCCAUGUGAGUUGAUAAGUGUUCAUUGUAAUUAAAAACAACCCAAAAAAGCAGCAACGGGAACAACGAGAGCAAUAACUACUGCUACUAUUUUAUUACACAUUAUCAUUUGUACAUAUUCUUUGUUGUAAAGGAGCAACAGCACUUAUCGAGUACUUCUUGAAAACUUUAGACUGAACUUUUCAAGCGCGUCGCCCGUAAUCAUCAAUCUUUCCGUUUUUGUUCUUGUUUCCAUUGGGAAGCUUUAUUAUCGCCCUUGCGGUGUUUUUGUAUCGAAGCUAUCUAUUAUUGUGAGGUACGUCAAAUUCCCUUCAAUUAGGAGGUACUGUAGAUACGUGCCCCAUCCACAGGUGGAGGGGAGGGGAGACUCGCGGCAAGUCCUUUGGCGUCAUGGAAACUAGAAGAAGCUGUAAGAUCAGCUGUAAGGUAGUUGCCAUGCCACCCCCCUCCCGACCAUCGCCGUUAAUUGUUUUGAAAUAUGUGGCGCGUUAUAGCUGCUUUAAAUUCCAAAGUAUCAAUAUAUUUAUUAGGAAGUAAAUUUUUAUUUAAAGAAGACUUUUUAAUUAUAAGAAAGUGCGUGAGGUAGAUAGAGAUGUUGUCAUUGUCGAAAAAGCUCUUGAGUGAAAAGAAAAUUGUUCCCACAUCAAGGCUAUCUUUUUAACUCGAAGAUCUGUUUUAUUGUGUUAACUAAUAGAGAUGUAAUUAUAUAAUAAAAGUAAUAAAAAUAGUUCAACUGUUAAAAAUAUUUAAGCCCAGAAGAAGACUUCAUUCAACGAUGAAAUCUGGAAAGCAAAACGGACAAAGAGAUUUUGUGAAUAGAAUGCUAAAAGCAAUAAAAACAAUCUUCUCAAUAGCCUGCGGAUGAAUAAAUAUAGUCGCCUGUGCUUAUAGUUGAAGUGAAUUGCGUUCAAAAUAGACCUUUUGCAACAGUUGGCCGCGUGACGUCCUUUUCAAGAACACACUGAUUUAAUCGUUGGCAAGGCAAAAUGUUAUCCGAAAUAGAAAGAAUAUUUAAAUUAUCUUACAUGUAAAUUUUCAGGUUUAUAUCCUUUAACAGGACAUUUUUAUGGACGUUAGAAAUUAGAAGGGAUUUGUAUACGAAGAAGACGCUUUGCCCUUCAGUCACGCUCCAGUGGUUUUCAAUGCGAAUCCUUGUCAUUUUGCAAGUUUUCAAGCUGCCUUUGGGUUUAAGAGCUUAGAAUUUUCCAUUCGUCCUAAUGUUUUACCCCUCUUUCUCUCUCCAAUAGUUAAAUGCCAGCAGCUUCCUCUUUUAGGGAUUAAUAAACGAAAAGGUUUGUGGAGGGCAAAGCCUCCUCGCUUCUAUACAAAACCUUCCAAUUUUUGCAAUAUUCAAAUCGUCAUUAAACCUCAAGCUUACAUAGAAUUGGUUUGGAAAUUGUUGUUCUCGCCAUUUAAAACAUGCAUUUUCCAGGUCUGAAAUUCAUUUGGCUAAAAGUUGAGAAAUGAUCGGUCUCGUGACCAACUGUUGCAAAAGGCUUAUUGAACUUACAUGAAAGUGAAGUCACCUUCAUGAACUCUCAACUACAAAAUUAACAAGCCUGUAGAACUUGUGCGAAAUAGUUUUAUGGCCGCAGAAAAUAGCUACAGCCUUUCUCCCGACAAUAGCUGAGGCUCGAUGAACGAGGCUCCCAUGUAAAAGUGACCGAGUACGCAGACGUCGUUAUGCCUAGCGCCCGUCACGCAAUCUUUCCUCCCCAACAAACGUUUGUUUGGCUCUGGUACAUGGUUUGGCCACUCGUUGGAGAGGAAAGAUUGCGUGACGAGCCAUAAGAACGUCUGCCGAUCUAUUGUAGGCACCGCAGUAUUUAAGACUUCCCAAAGUACUUUUGAAAAAGUUCUACUCCUUUCCCGUUGCCAUGGGCAACACUCGUGCCAGGGGAGAGAAAGUUGAGCAUGGAGCGCUUAGUAACCAGGUCUUGUCAUUGAUCCGUUCACCACGUGAAGUUUUGUGUUGAAUCGACGCUUGAUGCAUUGUAGGCUGUUGAUAGAUUUUGUGUGAAGAACGCAGGAUGAGUAGCUCAGAAGAACUUUUUCAGUAUGAGGACAAAUCAGGCAACUCGUUUAAACCUUUAAGCCAGAAAGCAGAAGACGUCGACGAUAAUUGUUCAGUCAUUCCAAGAGACAUGUACGGUUUGUAUGGUGUGCAUGUGAGUAAUCUUCCAGAAGACAUCUCAGAGAAGGAGCUGAACAGAACGUUCUCUGUUGUUGGUAAGGUUGCCGUAUGUAAACUUAUGGAGUCAAGACCACGUCGUACUAGUCAUGUGGACUCUCAUUCAUUAGCUUAUGCAUUUGUUAAGUUUGCAUCGUCUAAAGAAGCCCACACUGCACUGUCACAGUUUAAUGGCUACACGCUCAAUGGAAGCAUCUUGGCAGUGAGGCCUGCUUAUAUGUCAGAAAGGAUUAGAAGACGUCCUUCUCCAAACGUGAAACAUCAUGAUGGUGAUAAAUCAUCGGAGGAAGGCAGCAAGAAGAGCAAUGAAAACAAAAAAGAAGGGAGUCAAAGAGUAACUUAUGUCAUGAGCUCAUCUGACUGUCGUCUCAAGGAUGGCAGACUGCAUAAUAGUGAUGUUAUGUUAUUUAAUGGCACUUCUGUCAAAUCAUCACCCCCUAAGAAGGUUAAUGAAAACCGAGCACUCGCACCUCGAUUUCGCAAAGAUUCUUCCCUCAAGUCUUUGGAAUCGAAAGCCUCCCAUGAUUCUCACUCCUUUCAAGGUGUACCUUCUACAAGCAGAUCAGAGCUACCCCCUGUGCCGAUUGUUUCAAGACAAAACACAACAGUUCAUCAAAAUGCUGUUUCUGAUUUUCAAACUUCUCCUGAUAAUUUUCCCAAUAACACUGAUGCUUCUAUUAGUGCAAGUACCUCUGCCUUUAGGCCAUACCAAGGAACAUCAGGAACAUCAAACCAGGCAGCUGGAAUGCAAAAACCCGUGUCUAUGGAAAAUGGUAUGGCUACAGUAGCCUCCACUUUUUCACAUAUUAGACUGUCUCCUCUAAAUCACUCAGUUAUGGAAAACAAGAAUGCUCCAACUUGGAAUCACUCUGAAGAAAGUGAUGUUCAUUCAUGGAGACAGGAUGGAGUACAAGGUUCAUCCUCUUUGAGUCCACCAGGAGGCACAACAGUCCUGUCAUGGUCCAACGGCAGAGACAAGCCUAUCGUCAGUCCUGACAGAACCAAAAGUAUGGAACAAUGGAAUUCCCAGCCAAGGCCUAGUGUGUCCUUGUGGAGCACAGCAGAUGUGGUUCAGUUUUUUUACAACAGUGACUGUGCUGAGUAUGCAGGAUUCUUUCAAGAGCAGGAGAUUGACGGCAGGGCACUGAUGUUAUUAAACAGAGACACACUGUUGCAUUUCAUGAAGGUUGGCCCUGCACUUAAGGUGCUUCAGUUAAUAGAUGAGCUUCGAGCUUAUGGUCCACCCCCUGUCACUCACUCAGGUAAUUGGUGAAAGACUUUGAAGCCUUUGCACAGCUUCAUCUCUCAUGUAGUUACCACUGAAAAGGUAAUGAUCAGUUGUUAAUUCUAAUUAGACUACAAACCUGAGGUAUCUACAGUAUUAUCAGAUAGGAUGAGGGUCAUACACUAACCAUAUUCAACAAGGGUCUGUUUGUUUUAUAGUGCAAGCAAGCUUGUGUUCUUUUCAUCUGAACUCUUGAUUGAUGUGAAGGAAAUGAGACAAAAAUGUUGUAAAAUAAGUGAUGUGCUAGAUUAAGACUGUAUACACAGUCAAUCAUUCCUGAUGCAUAUUGCCUAUAGGUGUAUAUGUAUUUUACCAAUCAAAUGACAAGUUUGUUAAGCUUAAGGGUGAUGAUCUUAAGUUAACUACAUGUUAGGGCUUACAGCCUGUAUCCAGGAUUUGCCUUUGUCUACUACAUGUUUAAGUGCUGGCUUUUUUCUCUAGUUACUCAUUUUCAUUUUCCCACUUAUUCCAAAUGCCUGUGUCAGCCUGUUUGUUGUCUUAUUACCCAGAUUCAUAUUGCUUUUGUCAUUUGAUACCAAGCUUGAGUCAAGUUACCAAUAAUCUAACUUAUUAUACAUCGAACUCACUAUCUCUUUUCUGAUUGGCCAAAAGCGUACAGUGAAUUUUUGAAAUCAGUGCCUGUCACGUCAUCU